GGAAAAAAUUGCAAUGCAAAAAUGUAAUCCUGAACAUAUUGUACUCAUAUCAGCAUUCAAAAACGGAGAGUUUGACAAUGCAAGUGAAAUUUUGGCGCGCGAUCACGAAAAUAAAUACGUAGGUCCAUUAGGUGUCCUAAUCCUACAGGUGGCUGCGAGGCAAGGAAACAUAUAGUAGAACUGUUAAACCAAUUACUUUUUUAAAUUAAAUACGUUCAUUUAGGUUAAAUCAGAAAAAAAUUUUUAAUGAAAAUACUAAGAUAAUCUCACUUGGGUAUUUUGUAGAAAAAAUAGAUUUAAAGCCAGCGCGCGCACGCACACACACACACACACACUCGCGACGCGCACUUGCCGCCUUUUUCUUGAAAAGGUAAUUUUGUAGGGCCCGUAAUUAACACGGCCCUGGCGCGUUCUGUAAAGACUGUAAUUUUUAACCACCGCGGCGCUGAUAGCUAUGGGCCCGCGUGGCGACACCGGCAAGCGUGCGAGCGCUCAAAAGAUCAAGAUCAAUCGUGAUCCGUGCAAGUGUUCUUUUCGCCAUAUGUACGUGCGGUCAGAGUCUCGUCCUGGCGAGUCAUUAGCCGUCAAACUAUUUCUUAAUAAAUAACUCUUACAUUCUCGGUCAGUUAAAUAGCGUGAGUGUUCGAUUAUUAGCCCUCGAUACUAUCGAAAAUUAUUCUACAUCAGCGAAAUCGUCCGUAAUACUAUCUGAGCGGCAGUUUUGCUACAAUUUUGUAAUACAAUACAAGAGAUUUUUACCCGGUAAUAACGGCUAAGUGAGUAGAAAACAUUGCAAAUACAAAAAUUUAUAUAAAUAUACGUUCAUUAAUUAUUUACAAGCUAGAAAAUUUUAUUUUAUUAUCAUGUUAAUUCAUAUCGACAACUUUGUUCAUUCACACAAAACGAAUGUGACCUAAGUUAACCUGGUCUUAAAAUAAAAAUCGUAUCAAAACAAAGAUAUCAUACACUUUAUUACACAUCCAGCUGAUAAUGUUACAUGUUCUUAUUAACCAUGCAUAUUGUGCAUCAGUUUCUCGCUAGCAUCGUGGACGAAAAAACUUUUGUCGUUGACGUAUAAAAACGGAAAAAUUACAAUGCAAGACGGCGAUCCGGAUCAUAUUGCACUAAUAUCAGUGAUAAAAAAUGGAAAGUUCGACAACGCAAGUGAAAUUUUGGCGCGCGAUCACGAAAAUAAAUACGUAGGUCCAUUAGGUGUUCUUCAAAUCACAGCCCUGCAGAUGGCUGCGUGGCAAGGAAACGUAGAUCUGUUGAACCAACUUCACGGAAGAGGCGCCGAUAUAAACAGCAUAGAUAAAAUUGGUAGGUGCGCACUUUAUUACGCGGCGUACAGCGGUAAUACUGAGGUGAUAAAAUGGCUUCUUGAACAUGGAGGAGAUGUCGACAUCAAAAUCGGUAUCUACUCGUCUGAGACCAACAUCCCUAAUGAUGUAGACACCGCGAACAUACAAUAUAGCCCGUUAAAAAGACCGUUGCCAAUACCCGACUGCAAGGGAAGAACACCCUUGCAUUAUGCAGUGGAAAAUAAUCACGCAGACGUUGUGCGCAUUUUAGUAGAAAGAGGAGCAGAUGUGAAUGUUGAAGACGAGGACCGGAUUACCCCGUUGCUCUUAGCAGGAAGCGCGAUGAAUCGCACCAAUCGCACUGAGAUGAUUAACAAGUUCGUCAAGAUCGUUAAAAUUUUAGUCGACGCGGAGGCGUCUGUUAACGCUAUUCAUCCGGAAACGGGUAACACUGCUCUGCACCGUGCGGUAAAGUUAGACAGUGCAGAAGCAACGAAGAUAUUGUUAAAAGAUGCACGGCCAGAUAAAUGCAACAACUCCGGAGCUACGCCUGUUCAUAUUGCCGCGAAUAGAGGAAAUAUUGAAACACUAAGGAUUCUACUUGAAGCAAUAUCAUCCGAUGUUGAUAAACCUGAUAAGUUAACAAUACCCGACUGCAGGGGAAGAACACCCUUGCAUUAUGCAGUGGAAAAUAAUCACGCAGACGUUGUGCGCGUUUUAGUGGAAAGCAGAGCGGAUGUGAAUUUUAAAGACAAUCAUCAGAUCACCCCGUUGCUCUUAGCAGGAAGCGCGGUGUAUCGCACCAGUCGCACUGAGACGAUUAACAAGUUCGUCAAGAUCGUUAAAAUUCUAGUCGACGCAAAGGCGUCCGUUAACGAUUCUGAUCCGAUUACAGGUAACACUGCUCUGCACCAUGCGGUAAUGCUAGGCAGUGCAGAAGCAACUAAGAUAUUGUUAAAAGAUGCACGAUUGGAUAACUACGACAAUUGCGGGAAUACGCCUCUUCAUAUCGCCGUGAAUACAAAGAAUAUUGAAAUACAUAAGAUUCUACUUGAAGAAAUGUCACAAGAGUACAUUGAUAUACGCAAUCAGGACAAUCAUACCGCUCUUCAUAUAGCAAUUUAUCUGUGUCAUCGCGAGUGCAUACAAGCUUUGAUCAGACGCGGAGCUAAUUUAGCUGCCGAAAUAGACACGGGAAUUACCGCCGUGGAUGCUAUAUUUCAUCAUAUUGCGCAACCAUUCAACUUUUUAACAGACGUCUUGAAUUCUUGCGUACAAAGUCUUCCAACCGAUAAUUCUCCUUCAAAGAAAAUCGAGAGUAUCAUUGUCGACUUCGGUAUAUUGGCUCCAAGAGAUGAGACACAAAUGGCAGUAGUCACAGCCAUUAUUGCCGCAGUUCCGGUUAGAAAAAAACCGGCAAUAUUAUUACAGCAUCCUGUUGUGGAGACCUUUGUCAGAUUAAAGUGGGAGAAAAUAAGAAUAUUUUUCUUUCUUUUUAUACUCAUAUUCUUGUCCUUUGUUAUUUUUCUCUCAAACAACGUCUUAAUAUUUGCACAUAAUGAUGCUGAUUACGUAAUGACUCGAAGAAUCGUAGCAAUUUUUUUUUGCAUUCUUUUGCUUCAAAAUAUAUUUCAAGUUAUACCAGAAUCAAAGUAUUAUUUGAGACAACUAGAAACGUGGUUGUCAUUCAAAUCCGUCAUACUAUCCUUGAUAAUAUUAAUACCGGAAAGGUUCAUAAAGUGUUCAAAGGAAGAAAUCGAGUCUGGGCAUUGGAUAGACGGCGUGCUACAUCUCAUCAGCAUCGCAAUCUUGCUGAGUUGGAUGCAAAAGAUGUUGUUAGUUACCCAAGUUCUAAUGUGGGACAAUUAUCCGCUCAUGUUUUACACGGUGUUGAUGAACAUUCUAAAGGUUCUCUCAACAUUUCGCUGCUGGAUUAUUGGAUUUGUAUUAAGUAUUGCCGUUUUGUAUCACGAAAACGAUCAAUUUCACAAUUUCUGCAGAUCUAUCAUAAAACCUGUAGUAAUUAUGAUGGGCGAGAAGUUGUUUAAAAUUGAAAACGGUGGUAGUACUUCGCUAUCAGUCAUAAAUGGAAUCGUGUUCAUGGUCUCCGUCAUGUUCGCCAGUAUCGUUCUGAUUAAUCUCAUCAACGGUCUAGUGGUCAACGACGUUCAAGAUCUUGAGAAAAAGGGCCACAUGCGUCGAUUAUUGCAACAAGCGGAAUUUGUCGCACAUCUAGAAAGAGUGAUGAUAUAUCGAAUUUUUCGCAGCAAGUGGCUACAUCAUCGCUUAAGAAAACUACUGAGCUCGAAAGGCAUAAUAGAUACAAAAAUUACGCUGCUUUAUAAUAACAAACAUAUACAACAUACGAUUUAUCGUUGGAAGCCUCAGAAGAUUCCGGACCAUCUAAAAGAAGCUUUAUUUUUGUUAGCCAAGAAAUCUUUCAAGAACAAUAAUUCAGCAGACAAAAAUAUAAAAAUUGACGAUACAAUCUUAACCCAAGUGGUACGUACUUAAAACAAUAUAAUAAUGUUUUAAAAUUGCGUGAUUUAAUAUUCAAUCUAAAUGAUAUGUAUUUAAGAAAAAUGUAUGAAAUCUUUAUGUCGUACCAAUUGUAAAAA